AUGGUGUUUGGUGAGUUUUUCUGUCACCACGGACAAGGCAAGGAACUGGUGAACUUGAACGUGGGGGACUUUAAGCAGUCUGUGGCUCAGAGAACCUUGCUGCAGUUCCCUCACACCCACCUUGGGAAGCUGCUCAGCUGCCACUUGGUAGAGGUCAUCCUGGUGUGUGAUGAUUACAGUGUGGCUGACAAAGAGUACUACUUCGACCUGAACCCGUCCUUGUUCAGAUAUGUUCCGAAGUUUUAUUACAUGGGGAAGCUGCAUGUCAUGGAGGAGCUGUGUGUGUUCUUAUUCUGUCAGGAGAUAGAGUACUGGGGCAUCAACGAGCUGUUCAUUGACUCCUGUUGUGGCAGUUGCUACUAGGAACACAAGGAGGAGAGCCAACACAAGGACUGGGAGCAGAAAAGCAAUGACACUAGCACUGACUCCUCCUUUGAAGAGUCUUCUCUCUUCGAGAAGGAGCUGGAGAAGUUUGACCACCUGCAAUUUGGUCAGCUCCAGAAGAAAAUAUGGAUUCGCAUGGAGAACCCAGGGUCUGCCAAGCUGAUGGCUGUCUCAUCCUUGAGUGUGGUGCUGGCCUCCAUCUUGGCCAUGUGUGUGCACAGCAUGUCAGAGUUCCAGAAGGAGAACAGAGAGAUGGACCACCCCAUGCUGGAGGGCUUGGCGAUUGCAUGCAUUGCUUGCUUCACUGGGGAGCUUGCCAUCUGGCUGGCUGCUGUUCCCUGUCAAAAGAAAUACUGGAAGAAUCCUCUGAACGUAAUUGACUUUGACCCUAUCAUUCCCUUCUAUGCCACUCUGGCAGUAGACAGCAAGGAAGAAGAGAGCAAGGACAUCGAGAACAUGGGCAAAGUGGUCCACAUUCUCCAGCUCAAGUGGAUUUUCCUCAUUCUGAAACUUGCUCAACACUCAGUAGGACUCAGUCUUGGGGACAUGCAUAGACACAGCUACCAUGAGGUUGGGCUGUUGCUGCUUUUCCUGUCUGUCUGCGUCUCCAUCUUCUCCGUGCUUAUCCACUCUGUGGAGAAAGAUGACCGAGGAUCCAGCAUCAGUAGCAACCCCAACCUGGGACAUUUAUGCCCAGAAGGUUCAUGUCUUCAUCGUCAGCCUGCCCUCUGUGGGCAUUGUGCUCCAGAGAGCGCUGAACUGCCUCAGGUGGUCAGAGGCCGGCAAGGGAGUCUCCACCUCCUCAUCAGCGGCAGCCAUUCGGAUCUCUCAGGCGCCGAGGGGUUGGGGCCCAUUGGCUGGGGUCCGCUGCCAGUCUCCAGAGGGGGUGUGUUGAAGGUGGGGUCUCAGGCCGCCCGCGAGUCCCGGCUGCUCACUGUACGCUGGGUGGUGGGCGAGCUUCAGCGUACGCCGGGCUGCUGGGGACUUGUGAAUAGUUCAGAGAAAGCUAGAACAAGCCACAGACGGAGUGAGGGUGAAGGAGUGCGAGUGCCAGGACUUAAAGGAGUUGGGGCGAGAAAGCGAGGGCCCGAGAACCCAAGAUAA